AUGGAGAAUAGUCCUUACCCCCCUGCUAGAUCAGAAGUGGCUGAGACUCUGCAGAUCGUACUCACUACAAUGAUCCCCCCGCGUGUCAGCCGUGGUGGUGAUAGAUUCCUCUGGCGUAACGGUGAAGGUCAUUUUGUUCCUAAAUUCUCCACAAAGGCAACAUGGCAUUCCAUACAUUGCCAACCAGGGACAGACUUGCAUCGUGGGGGUAUUUCAGUGCCCUUGCAGUGUGUUCUAUGCUCUUCCGAGCUUGAGUCUCAUCAUCACUUGUUCUUUCAGUGCUCGUUUGUGCAAGCCAUUUGGACUCGAUACUGUGGCAACUUGAUUCCAAGUGUUCCAUCAUCGCUUCAGGCGGUUGCUGUGUUGCUAUCUAACCAUCAAAUUGCUUCCUCUCCAGGUUUAUCUGCAGUUAUCAAGCUCUUACUGCAGUGCAUCAUCUAUUCUGUUUGGUGGGAGAGGAACUCACGCAUCUUUCGGCAAACAGCAUCAACCGAACCUGUGGUCAUUGCUCACGUCGAGCGUCUGGUUCGUGAUCGCUUCAUCUCCAUUCCACCAUCAUCUCCUACUUCCCCCUCGCUGCUUCAAGUUUUCUACCGUCUUCCUCCGUCUGUUCCGUAG